AUGAUCCCGGAAGUGGCGUGUCGGCACCUCAUCGGUGCGCGGGGGGAUCGCAUCAAGCUCCUGAGAGAGGAGUCGGCCUGCGAGAUCCAUCUCUCCCCCGGGAAUGUUGCCGGCAUUGCCGCCCAGCGGCGUGUGAAAUGCAACGGGUCGGUUGCCAGCCUCGUAGAGGCCGCCGCGCGCGUGCACGAGGUGUUGGUGGAGUUUGCGGAGAUUGGGAUCCUCUCGCUGAGGCAUUUCGAUCUCCAAGAGGUGCCAGUCGGCGAGCAAGAGGACCCGGCUGGGAACGGUUCGCGCCGCCCUUUGGGAGCAGGCCUGGCUGGCAUCGCGCCCCGCGAGGCACGCAAUGCUCGGGUUGCUGUGCGGCAGCUGGUGGUGGCGGAGGAGUGCGGCUGGUUGAUCGGCAAGCGAGGGAAUAAGAUCCACAAGCUCCGGGAGCUUGCCUUAGUUGCCACCCGCGAUGGUGACGAGGAGCUGUGCCAAGACCGUCCUCGCUCGGUGGUCGAGAUAUUUGGGGCGACCAUGUCAAAAUGCCUCUGCGUACUGCAACUGAUCGUGGAUGACCUGGAGCUCUUUCCAGAGGUGGUCCCCACCACCAGCCUGCUCCUGCCAAAGAACCUGGCCCCCUUCGCCCCCAUCGGCUUUGACGAGGUGUGGCAAGAAGAAGAGGAAGAUUUCAGGAGAAACAGGACUAGCGCCGUAGAGUAG